AUGCGUGACUCGAUCCGAUUGUCCCAUCUCCUACUCAUCAUUUCCAUUUCGAUUUCCCAUUUUCCCGAAUCGAUCUCCGCAAUUAAAUGUGCGUCAUGUGAAGGAGAGAGAUGCAGAGGGAAAAGCUGUCAAGGAGACUAUUGUGUCAUAUCGAGAUUCGUUCCCCGUUGGGGCACUGUUGAAUACCACAAAUCGAUGCUGGUCAAGGGUUGCAUGGAUGGGAGUUUACUGAGAGAAGAUAUUCGAGAUCAUUGUGAAGUCUCCGAAGCCGAUGAGGAACUCUUCACUUGUUUUUGCAAUGGGAAAGACGAUUGCCAAGCUGGGUCAAGGUGGAAUAAGUUGAAGACAGAAGACGUGCCAUUGGUGAAAUGCGAAUGUAAAGGCGAACACUGUGACGGGGAUGAGUGUAUCGGCGAGUUGUGCACAUAUGUGGAAUACAAGGGGAAAGAUGGGAAAAGUGUGCAAAAGGGUUGUCUAAACGCCUCGAUUCCGAUUCUCGAGCGUCGCAGUGUCGGCGCUUGUAUGGUGCCGCCGAUUACCGGAGCGAUGCAUCAUCACAUGAAAUCCGAUCCGGUCGAUUUAUUGAGAACCGAGAGUUGCAUUUGUGGCACCGAUUUCUGCAAUCGAAAAAAGCUCAAAGUGACUCAGGUGGAGAACUCGAAAUGCAAAAUGUACGCUAAAUACGAAGUGCACGGGAAAUUGAUGGAAUCGAAAGAGCACGAGUGCAAAGGAGAGUACUGUUUUGAGUCAUCAAUGAACUCUUCAAUCUCUCAACUUCAGUCUUUUGCCAUGGCAGGAUGCGCGAGUUUUGCUGAAGAGGCUGAACUCGCUGAUGAAAUGGAACCGGUUGGAUGUGCGAGAUUCGAAAGUGAGAAGUUGCAAGUGAAAGGAUGCUUUACGGUUUGGGUUUUUUUUGAU